CUAAUUCUCCUCAGAAGCACAUUGGGCAUUAAAUUCAAUAAGCAAAUUAACUUAGAACUAUAGGUCAUUGGUUAUAAUAUCACAACAACGAUCCGUCCCAAAAGGAAGAAGCCAAAAGAUUUUAUUCUUUAUUUGUUGUAACUAUGUCAACUCAAGGAGUUAUAUCCCCAUCAGUGUUAUUAGUUUGCGAUUUUGACGGAACUCUUACACAGAGAGACACAUCGUACUUAUCAUUUAAAUCAACCGAAAAAUUUCGCGAAGCUCACGCUAACAAUCAGAUCGAACUUUUGCAUAUGUGGGAAAAAGAAGGUCAACAGUAUUAUUCUGGCUACUUAAAGUGUCUGAACACUUGUUUAGAUAAGUGUAAAUCCGAUAAUGACUUUAGUUGCAAAACUCUGGAAACCAUGAUUAAAACUUUAGACGCAUACAAUAUUAAUUCAAGGCACCUUUUAGCAAGUAAGAAGUAUUUCAAUGAUAUAGUGGGAGUUAAACUGGGGGAGUUAGUUGAAGAAAUCGAAUUCUACCCAAAUGCAAUUGAGUCUUUAAAAGUUCUCCGAGAGAAAAAAAAUAUAAUGUGUAAAAUUUUAUCUAUAAAUUGGUUUCCAGAAUUACUUAUUGCUGCAUUAGAUGGAAUAAUUGCACCAGAUGAUAUAACAUCUUCUGCAAUUCCUUUGUAUCAAAAUGGCACAAUUGACUUUGGAAAAGUUUCAACAGCUUGUGGAAAGUGUAAUUGGAUAAAACAAUGGAGGUCACAACACUUACUACCAGUUAUAUAUAUUGGUGACUCCCUUACCGAUUUGCUUGCUUUGUUAGAAGCAAAUUAUGGUAUUAUUUUUGGAUCCAAUGUUUCUUUAACAAAUGUGACAAGCCUGUUUCAUGUGGAUGUAAUUCCACUUUCAAUAUUAAUCAAAAAUAAUGAUCAUGCAGACAUGCAGGAGAAUUCAACAAAGAAAUGCUUAUAUUCUACUCAAUGCUGGAAGGAAGUUACUAAAUUUAUUUCUAUUUUGUAAUUAUUAUAUGAUGCCAAAAAUAUUUCAAACGUGUGUAUAUAUUUAUUGUUUACUGGAGAAAAAUUUCAUAACGCUGU